GAUAAGUCCUUUGUAAUGAAUGGUAUUCAUCAACCCCUGAGGAUGCAUUCGGUUAUAUUUGAUUAUCAUCUGACUUUUCUAGUAACCCCAACACCAUGAGGUUGACAUUUAUGAAAAACUCCAGGACUGAUUGCAAUGGCUUUAUUUGCAGAUGUUGGUGGUUUUCAGAGAAUGAUCUCACUGACCUUGGUGAUCGUCUGUUUUUCAUCCAAUGCCACCAUGAAGUUGACAUUUGUGAUUUUUACUGAAAUCACAAGAACUAUGUGAUGAGGAUUGCCGUGAAAUGUGGUUCAGUCAUUCAUGUUUACAUCAUGCUGAAGAAAUUUCACUCUUAGUCCCUUGAACUUUGCUGUAGUGGGGUGUUUCUUGGUUUUCUGGUAUACGGUGGGUUUACCAAUACAGAGCGUGAAACUGUGAAGGUCAGCCGAUCCAGCACAUUUGCAGAGUACACAUUUUAUAGGGAUGAUCAGAGAGUGGGUCACAGGGUAAGGAGUGGGCGUAUUUAAAUGCAAGGAUUUGUGUUUUGUUGUUAUUUUUUGUGUAAGGUUGCUAAUCAGUGACAGAGGGUAAGACAACAGAACAAAAGGUGGUUGAGUCAAGAGGUCUGCCAGACAGGUGCAAAUAGCAAAGGUACGACAACAAAAGGUGAGGGUGGGUCUGGUAGACAGUAAGAAAAAACAGAAGAUAAAAGAACUGUAGAUAACCGUGGGCAGUGGAAUGAAGGAGUGAUGUGACACUAGAAGGUAUCUGUAGCAAAAGGUGUGCUAUUUUCUUCUGCAAUCAGGAUAAAUUGCAAUGACCUUGUUGACCAUUGACUUUUUAUCAUCAGCAAAGUUUAAACUUGAAACUCGUCUAAUACAUAUUUAUGACCAAAUACUCACAAAGAAAAUGCCAUUUCUGUCAGCCUCAGCUGGGGUUUGUGCUUAAAGCAAAGUAACAAAUGCUAUAUGCUGAUGUUAGCAUGUAGCUCAAAGCAUUGUUAUAACUGGAAUACAGUUAGCAAGCACAGCUGUGUCAUGUUUCAGCAUUGUCACCACAACUGUGGUUCUCUAUACAGUCUCUCUUGUGCCUACAUUUAAUUAGAAUCCUGUGUUACACUAACACAAAGAACAUCCCUUUUUCAGGAUCAAAGCACCCAACAGAUUCUAGUGCAGACGGAAAAUUUCCUAUAAUUUCUAAAACCUGAAUUGUAAUUGUAGCAGCCAGAAUGUGUCAUAAGUCUUGGGAAAAAAAGGACCUUCCUGUUGUUUCUUCAGUUAUGUCUCUAUCAGUGUUGUUCCAUAUGUGCAGGCUGCCCUCAUUUCCCACUACUGGAAGCAACAUUUUGGUUCAAGUUAAUCAUUUCUGAUCUGUCCACGCUUUCACAGAGACUCUAUAUACACGUUUCAUUUAGGGAAGUUGUACCCAGUUGUUCGGUCAUGUUGUAUAGAAUUCCCUGCUUGUUUCUUGUCUUUAUGUUUUGGGGCUCAGGUCAUGGUGGGCCCCUGACAGACCCUCACCCCAGCAUCACAGACCAGCAGCUGUUUUGGGGCGCUGACCAAUACGACUUUUCUGUGGUGCUGCGUGCUGCUGGCCAGGACUGUUUCUGGCACUUUGCUCAUUAUGGAGAGACAUUUUACCUGAACUUCAUGGUCCAGUGGGUGACAGGAGUCGGCCAUGACAGACACCUCUCUGUUACCGUCAACGCCCCCAGUGGUUUGUUAGUGUCUCAAGUUGAUGAUGCAAAGGGUCAGAUCAACUUUAAAGCCAAAGAAACUGGUUUCUAUCAGAUGUGUUUCAACAACUUCCAUAACCGCUUCGGCACCAUGCAGGUCUUCCUCAGCUUUGGUGUUUACUAUGACAACUAUAAAGACCCCUCCAUUGGGAAGGAGGAGGAGAAGAAGAAGAAGGAGGAAAUCAGCAAAGACCUGAACAACACUCUGAGCUUCAUAGAGGGUGCAACCCACAAGGUGGAGAACUCCAUCUUCCACAUGUUCCGCUACUACAGCUUUGGCCGCAUGAGGAAGAGCGCAGACUACUUCCUGCUGCUGUCCAACUCACAGUACAUCACCUGGUGGUCAACAGCCCUCAGCCUGCUCAUCGUCACCUCUGGUUACCUGCAGCUCCGCUUCCUUAAAAGCCUCUUUGUCAGUAAGACAACCACUGAGGACGAGAAGCCCCGGUGCUGACAGGCUCCAGGUCAAAACUUGAGGGUGUCUAAGAUGAAAAUGCAGCCACAAAUUAAGCUGAAAGAUGGUGAUGUGACUUGUCUUUCUGCUAUUUUAUUUGUGUGCUUGUACUUCAUUACAAAACAUUUGAAUAAACAUAA